CUGAUGGCCACCAGCAGUUACUUCUCUAAAAUCAUUGCUGAUGUCUUUCCGUCCAGGCAUUGUGUUAAUAUACGCAAACUCUUAAAAUCAAUGCUUGAACAGAGGUGGACAUACUGCUGAAGAUCAGUUAAACAAACUGAAAUGAACUUCCCUGAAAAACUGCCGAUUAAAACCACUUUAAAGAAUUACAAUGAAGUUUGACUGCAUGGAAGCAAAGUAUAAAGAAGAAGGCUUAAAAGUUCUGAGACUGUAAAAGAAAAGCGAUUUUGUAAAGAAUUAGGGUAAUUUGAAGCAGAUGCAGGGAUCUUACAGCCUGAUAGACAAGAGAGAAAGCCGGGGAAAUUGAUCUCCUGGAGAGACACUAACCUAAGCUCGGUUGAUCUUCACAAAUUUCUCCGAAUGCUAGAAGGAACGGUGACUCAGACAGUGGCUGAGAAACAAAUGAGCAGAUUACACACCCACCCUGAGUGAGAAAAACGCCCCCAGCUGAGUGAAGUGAAGAGAAGAUCUCCUGCUGACAGCACAGCACUGCGUGUUCUUAAAGUCACAGAGAUCUCAGGUUCCUUCUGUUGAAACAUCAAGUUUAGGAGGGGCUUCAUGGAUUGGUGCUCCCCGACUGAUCUGUGCUCUGCUUUUUGCUGAGAGCAGCAGGUCCGGCUUUAAAGAAGAAAGGGAAGCAGUGUUGCAGAAGAAAAGCUGCCAGCGUAUGAGCCAGAUAUCCCUGAACCAACUACCAGAGCUGACUUCAUGAAAUACUGGUUCCCCAUCUCUCUGGAUGAUAAAACUGCGCAGAAGCUGUUGUGGAUUUCUGAGGGCAGCUCCAAAGUGGCUCGAACAUCCGAUGCAGUCUGCCCCUAUCCCAACAGGCCUGAAAGAUAUGAGGACUCACCACAGGUGCUUUGUAAGGAGGGCUUGAUGGGCUUCCGAGGCUACUGGGAGGUGGACUACGAUGGCUGGGUGGUGAUUGGUGUGGUGGCAGAGAGCGCGCCCCGGAAAGGGCAGGAGAUGCCCUGCGGUCUCGGGGAGAACAAAAGCUCCUGGGGGGUCGGCUGGUCGGGCUCCUGCUACCAAGUCUGGUACAACGGCGAGAACAUCGACGUCCAGCUGCCGUCUUCCUCCACCUUGGGGGUCUAUGUGGACCAGCCAGCAGGCGUCAUCAAGUUCCUCACGGUGGAGGGAGACUCUGAGAAGGAGGUGCAACUGAUCCACAAGUUUAAAGCUGAAUUUGGGGAGAGAGUCUUUCCCGGGUUCUGGAUCGGCACAAACUCCUUCUGUCUUAUCCUGAAAAAAGAUCAGUGACACCAAGGAGUUGGCUUUUGGGGAUGGAGCAGUGGUGACAGCUUAACAGAAAGUGUUGUGUGUUUGGAGGCAAAACGGGGAGCUCUAAAGCAGAACUGAACACGUGGUGACAUCUUCAAAGUUUCUCUGGAUGCAUGAAAACACUUUACAGAGAUACAAUCAGACCUGAACGUACCUUCAGACUUUCAUUUGUUUUUGUUAAUUUAAGUUCGAAAAGGCAAAGUUUGGUGUUUUUAAUACUCUCAAAUCGUUUUACUUUUGAGUGCUUUUUAUUUGAUUGAAUGUAGUCAAUAAAUUCUUCUUUUCCGUCUCAAUGCCA